UCAUGCUGGAAAGAUGGCUGAGGGGGACGGAGGUUGGUGGGGGGGUUGGUUGCAGCAAAGUUUCCAGGUUGUCAAAGAUAAGUCGGUGGAAGCUUACGAGUUCUUGAAACGUGACCUGACCGAGUUCUCCAACGUAGUGCAACAUGACACGGCAUGCAGCAUCGCGGCCACAGCCAUCGCUGUGCGGGACAAAUUAACAAUGGAAGGGUCAUCAGAGAGAACCGACAGGGUGAGGAAAAGCCUAUCCAGUAUUCUGGGGGUGAUAACGGACACCCUCACACCCCCAGCGGACAAAACCAUUGACUGCAGCGUUAUCACCCUGGUGGCGACUCCGUCGGGGACGACAGAGUUGUAUGACAGCGUGAAGGCCCGUCUGUACAGCUUGCAAGCUGAUCCUGCUACUUACUGCAAUGAACCUGAUGGUCCCCCGGAGCAAUUUGAGGCCUGGUUCUCCACCUUUAGUCUUGAGGAGAAUAAAGAGGAGAUAUCUGAACUCAUGACCAGCAGCCCCUCCAUUCGGGCCCUCUACAACAAAAUGGUCCCAGCAGCAGUAUCCCACUCUGAGUUCUGGCAGCGGUACUUCUACAAAGUUUUUCAGGUGGAACAGGAGGAGGUGAGAAGGGUCGUGCUGAAAGAGAGAACGGAGAGGAGCGCCGACUCAGAGGAGCUGGACUGGGAGGAAGAGGAAGAUGAGUUUUUGGUGGCGACCUUCACAUCCCGUUUGGACCUAAAGUCCCAGGAGGAAUGCAGCGUUUUACCUUCCAGUGCUGCUGCGGACUUGGCAAUGGUGUCACUCGCUAAACUGGAUGCUGGAACAGCACAUGGGGAGGCAGGCCUGACGCACGCAGGCACUCCCCUUGUCCAGCUGGAGAGACCCGGGUUUGACCGAGCGGGCGCUGAUGAGGAGCUCGCCCUGAAACUCACAGAGGCCAGCCUGGAGGAGCCGGACUUGGACCGUGAGGGAUUGCUGCUGGAGACGGUCCUCACAGGGGCAGGUGUGGCCAGGGCAGUGCCGGAGGGAGGUGCAGGAAAGGAGGAGACGGAGCUCGGGGCUGGCGGCAAGAGAGAGAGUCUAGGAGGGGAGGGACCACAUGACCUGAGUGUGUUUGAGCUCAACUCGGACAGUGGGAAGUCCAGCCCCUCCAUCAGUGGUAAGGAAGGGUCGAGCACGGACGUGAGUGAGGACUGGGAAAAGGAUUUCGACCUGGACAUGACAGAAGAGGAGGUCAGACAGACGCUGUCCAAACUCAGCACUGACGGAGAGUUUGAAGAUGAAGACUGGGAGAAUUGGGACUGAGAACGUUGGUGUUCCUGCCGGACGAACCGGGCACGAACGUGUACGA